AUGUCUCAAUCAAAUAAAGGAAUGGAUGAUGGAAACUCAUGGAUGAUUGAGUAUGAUUCAUCAAUGGUAUCGAUUUCAAUACAUACAGAUGUGGCCUGGUAUCGACUUGGGAAACCAUCAACGCAAUACCCCCCUUGGCGUGAACCUACUCUGAAAACAGCAAGGGUUGCGAAAAGCAUUAUUUCCUUGCUGGUGAAGCAAGCAAGAAUGGCUAGGCUUUCAUUUCGAGAUGUCAUCAAAAAAGUUUCCGAGUUCCAAAAGAACGAUAAUAAAGCUUACAUUUCUUCUGAUCCCUCAGCUGUGGAGAGAUAUUUGGUCCUCCAUGGGCAAGUUAUUUUGCAGAUUUUUGCAAAACACCCUAUAAAGGAACUCAAAAAGUGUGCAUUUAUUACUGGUCUUGCAAGUAAAAUGGAGGAAAUACACCACACAAAAUGGGCAAUCAAGAAGAGGAGGAAAAUAUUGCCAACGAAACCCAAGAAUAAAAUAUUGCCAAAGAAACCGAAGAGCAAACUAAGGAUAGGUAAGGGAUAUGUGGCAUCCAAGAGGAGUGCUAUGCAAGCAACAAAAACUCACCUGGUUGAUAGAAUUUGGGGACAGUAUUACUCAGAAUAUGGGGCCAUUGGUGCAGAAAAUGGCAAGGAAAAGGUUCAAGAGGAGAGAAAAAAUGAAGAAGAAGAUGAUGUAGAGGAACCUUCGGUCCUGGAAACAAGAUGGGAAGGUGAUAUUCUAGGAAGAACAUCUGCUGGUGAGCCUCUUUAUCAACAAGCCCUCGUUGGAGGAGAGGUAGUGGCUGUAGGUGGUGCUGUCCUCUUGGAAGUCAAUGAAACUUCGGUCAUCUACUUUGUGGAGUACAUGUUCGAAAGUUCAGAUCACUGCAAAAUGCUACAUGGAAGACACCUAGAAAGAGGAUCCGAGACUGUUCUAGGGAACACUGCUAACGAGAGGGAACUAUUCCUGACCAAUGCAUGCAUGACUGUUCAGCUUAAGGACAUAAAAGGAACAGUCAGUUUUGAGAUUCGAUCAAGGCCAUGGGGACAUCAGUAUAGGAAAGAGAACAACGCUGCUGAUAAGCUUGACCGAGCAAGAGCAGAAGAGAGAAAAGCACAACACUUGCCGGCUGAAUAUUUCUGCAAAUGCUUAUAUUCACCUGUGAGAGGGGGUUUCUUUAGUCUUCAACCCAACAACAUAAGUAGCGGUACAGGAUCUUGCAGUCCAUGUAAGAUCAGGGAGGAGGAAAAGGAGCGGUCAAAACCCAAGCUGAAUGCAACAAUGACCGGGUUUUUCUUCAACGGGGUUGACUAUUGCAUGGAGGAUUAUGCAUAUGUCAACCCUAAAUUUAUAUAUAAACCGAAAAAGGAUAAGAAGUUUGAGAGGAACGUUGAUUUAAAAUCCUUCGUUGUGUGUCAACUACUUGAAGUAGUUCUUCCAAAGGUAUCGUCAUUAAAUGGUUUAUUUGAGGUUAUAGUGAGAAGAUUUUAUAGGCCUGAAGAUACACCUUUAGAGAAGGCAUAUUCUUCAAACAUCCAAGAAGUGUAUUACAGUGAGGACGUACAUAUUCUCCCUCCAGGGGCUUUUGAAGGCAAAUGUGAAGUAAGGAAGAAACAUGAUAUGCCCUUACGCAAUGAUUAUCUAACAUUAGACAAUAUCUUCUUUUUUGAAGUGUUACUAUAAACUGUCUUGUAACAGAUGCCUGUCCAUAUCAAACCGAAGUUCUCUACCAUUAAAGACGACACACUUCUCAGAAAGCAAAAGGGGAAGGGAAUAGAGGGUGAAACUGAUUAUGAUGAGUUACCUAAAGAGAUGCGUCUGGCUACACUUGAUAUCUUUUCCGGUUGUGGUGGCCUGUCUAAGGGACUGGAACAGUCAGGUGUAUCUGAAACAAAGUGGGCUAUUGAGUAUGAAGAGCCAGCAGGGCAGGCUUUCAAACAAAACCAUCCUGAGUCAACGGUUUUUGUUAACAACUGCAAUGUGAUUCUUAGGGCUAUAAUGGAAAAAUGUGGAGAUAAAGAUGAGUGUCUCUCUACUACAGAGGCAAAUGAACUUGCAGCUAAACUUGAUGAAGAACAGAAGCUUGCUCUGCCACUGCCUGGUCAAGUGGAUUUCAUCAGCGGAGGACCUCCAUGCCAAGGAUUCUCUGGUAUGAACAGGUUCCAGGAAGGCUCAUGGAGUAAAGUUCAGCGUGAAAUGAUACUAGCAUUCUUGUCCUUUGCUGAGUAUUUCCGGCCAAGGUAUUUUCUUCUGGAGAACGUGAGGAACUUUGUGUCAUUCAAUGGAGGGCAGACAUUUAAACUCACUCUGGCUUCUCUUCUUGAAAUGGGUUACCAGGUGAGGUUUGGAGUGUUGGAGGCAGGUGCAUAUGGAGUUGCUCAAUCUCGCAAAAGAGCUUUUAUUUGGGCAGCUGCACCAGGAGAAGUUCUUCCAGAAUGGCCUGAGCCUAUGCAUGUCUUUGGUACUCCAGAGUUGAAAAUAAAACUAUCCAAAAGAUCACACUAUGCUGCUGUUCGUAGUACUCAAUAUGGUGCACCUUUCCGCUCAAUCACAGUGAGAGACACCAUUAACGAUCUUCCACCUAUAAAAAAUGGUGAAUCAGAGACCAACAGAGAGUAUGGAGCUGAUCCAGUCUCUUGGUUCCAAAAGAAGAUAAGAGGAGACAUGUUAGUUCUCACUGAUCAUAUAUGCAAAGAGAUGGAUGAAACAAACCUCAUCCGGUGUGAAAAUAUACCAAAGACUCCAGGUGCUGAUUGGCGUGACCUCAAAAACCUCAAAAAAAAAAAGAUUAAGUUAUCAAGUGGGAAGAUGGUAGAUAUGAUUCCAGCCUGGCUGAGAAACAAAGCUAAGACUCACAACGGGUGGAAAGGACUCUUUGGGAGAUUAGACAUGGAAGGAAGCUUUGCAACUUCCAUCACCGAUCCUCGGCCAAUGGGUAUGGUUGGAAUGUGCUUCCAUCCUGAACAAGACAGGAUUAUUUCUGUCCGUGAAUGCGCCCGAUCUCAGGGGUUUCCGGAUAGCUAUAAGUUCGUAGGGGGAAUACUAGACAAGCAUAGGCAGAUUGGAAAUGCAGUGCCUCCACCAUUGGCUUUUGCUCUAGGUCGUAAGCUCAAAGAAGCCGUACUUCUCAAGAAACCUCCUCUUCAACAGAAACCCUAAAGGGGCCUUAUCUGAGUCAUUAUCAUCCUUCUUUGAAACUCAUUCUUAUUGCCUUAAUGGUUUAGGAGACUGUUUUUUUUAUUUAAAUUUGGGAUUGUUGAACUGAAUUUUCCGUAAAAGACAAUAAACUUGAAUCUAUCAAUCAGCUUCUGUUGAGAGCUUUUUCUCUGUA